AGCCCUUUUGGCUCCGGCGCCGCCCUCUGCGUCGGCCCGCGCGCAGCAGUCCACGCGCAGGGCGCUCCCUGGCGCGUGCCCCGCGGUCGCCACCCCGAGAGGACGGAGGGCCGCCGCCGGCUGCGGGAGCAUGUACGGAGGCGCCGGCGACUCGGGCGGCGCGGGGCCCGACGACCGCCUCCUCGGCGAUCCGCUGGACGCCCCCGCGUUGUCGGCGCGGGCAGGCGCGCCAGGCGGCGCCGCGGGUGGGUGCUCCGGGCGGACCUUCUGCGCAGGGCUGUGCUCGGGGGUACUGCUGAGCGUGGCGCUGGUGGCCGCGGGCGCGUCGCUGGGCGGAGAGAGCGGCCCCCUGCGAGGCGGGGUUGUCGCCUCCUCGUCGGCAAGCGCCGGCGCCCCCGAGCGCAUGCUGGAGGCGCCGCCCGGCGCGGGCGCGCCCGAGGCCAGCUCAGGACCUGCCGACGGCAUCUGGCACGUCGUGGAGAGCGUCCUCCGUCCGCUGGCGGCUGCCGGUCCAGAAGGCAAUACCAGCUCGGCCACGACGGAAACCACCACCGUCAGAAGCGCGAACACAUCAUCCACCCAAACCGCCAGCGGCAUGACAACGAACACGAGCAUGACCACGACGAAAGUCCCGACCACAGUAACCACCACUUCCGCAACCACAACUCUCUGUAUGACGCCGGAUGAUGGCGAUGGUUGUUACAAUGAGGUAAUCAAGACAAUGCGCAGGAUCAGGAAGAACCCGACGAGCUACGACGACCUUAACGCAUGGUCAUCGUUCGAGGAGGUGCAAGAUUAUCUAUAUACCACGAAGAACAACAAAUCCAAGUGUGGUAAGAGCUGCGCAUGCGAAAGAUUGAACACUGGGUCCAAAUGCGAUCAGAGCGUGAUAUACGCCAUGAACGAGGGUGUGAAGCAGAACCCAGAGGAUUAUUCCGACCUCGCGGGGGACGCGACCCCAGAGGACUUCCAGAGCCACCUCAGCAAGCAUGUGGACGCGGCAAACUGCUCGAUGCCCUGUAGGGCCGCAAGCUGGAAGGGUGACCCUUCGCUGUUCUGCUGGAGCCUUGCCCAGCAGACAGGCUACGAGGCAGACGUGAUGAGGCUACAGCUGAGCAAGGGCGCGGGCAUCUUCGGGUGCGACAGCUUCGCAGUAGCGAGCCAGGACGAGUGGACGAUCGGCCAGGGCCCCGGCGGGCGCGUGGGUGAGGUGAGGACAAUUCGAUUCCAGGGCGUAGAAGUCGGCGUCUCGAAGGACGGGACGGCUGGAAAUGCACAGCUGUUCAUGUUGGCGUGGAACGUCAUCCUGACGCGCACGACCAUUCUGAAGUUUGAUUGGGCUAUCAAGGCGGACCCUGACGCUGUUGUCUUGGUGGACAGGCUGCGAGACCAUCUGAGGCCAGGGACGGGUUCGAAGAGCUUCGUCCGAAAUUGCAACGAGCACCCUGAAAACCCCGAAUACCCUAUGAUGUACGGCUCGUUGGAGGCCAUAUCCAAGGGAGGCCUCGAGCUGUACAGGGAGAACGUCGACCGCUGCGUGGCAGAGCUGGCCUGGGAGGACUGGGGAGAGGACGUGUUCCUUGCCAAGUGCCUCGACUUCCUCGGCGCCGACCCCAUCGACGACUUCUCCCUCAGCAGCGACGGCGUCUGCCUCGGCGUCGACUGCCACGACACCGCGGCGGCCGCCUUCCACCCCUUCAAGAGCCCCGACGACUGGCGGCAGUGCUGGGAGGCGGCCACGGCGGGCCUCGGCGGGCCGCUCCCGCCGCUGCCGUGAGGGGGGCCCCACGCGCCGCCCCGCGGUGGCGCAGCCCUGCGCUCCGAGCCCGACCGCGGAGGUCCCGCGGGCGCCGUGCCGGCACGGCCAGCUUCGAAGAAGAGAGAAAAAUCGACUGGGCUGGCCCCGUCCCAUUGCCCCGCUGCCGUCAGAAUUCAAUGGGAGGACCCCAGUCACGUAGCCCUGGCAAGAGGCCUCCUGAGCUGCCGCUGCCAAGGCGCUAGGCUAGCGCGGCGCUGGAUGUCGUCACGCUUUGCGUGCCACCGCUGUCUUCCCAGGGUCGCUCCAUGUCCAUCAUACUGGAUACCGUCUUGGUUUCCUCCAUCGACUUUUCGGCUCCACCCUCAGCCUACGACGUGUGAUUGCCACCAGCAACACCAAUGUAAGGUAGUGGGCGCGUACGAGUCAUGAAUUCGAGCUUGAAACUAGGCUGGGUACAUAAUUAAAUGAGCUUUGGCGUGAUUGCCACCAGCGUCACCAGUGUAAAGGUAUUGGCCGCGCGCAUGACAUGAAUUCGGCCUUCAAACUAGGCUGGGUACACAAUGGCAUGAACUUUGGCAGGACGAUGAGACUGUGCGCCGUAGGCGCCCUCACGUGCUCUUGCUUCGUUCGUCCUAUGUGUUUUCACCCAGCGCCGAUCAAUCCGAUACGGUGUUCGUCGAGCAGUGUCUUACGCGGCUCGUCUUAACGACCAUCAUGAGAAGCUGAUGAUGA